AUGGUGACGGUUUGCUUAGAAAGGUGAUGGAGUCACUUUUCUAGGUGAAUUUCAUACCACUGGCUAACAACUGAAAUGGGUAAUGGCUACGGUAAAAUUGGUAAAAAGCAAUUGAGAUUACUCGGUAGCAAUGGAGUGUACUCGAAUCGUUGAUGUAGCUGGGGUAUGAAAUAUUGUUGACUAUCACUCUGAGAAAAUAUCAUUGUUCCAUGACUUCUCUAAUUAAUAAGACGUUAGCAAAAAAUGACAGUAUUAGAAGCAGAAGAAGACGAGGAUGAGCAGCUGGUUCCUCCUAGGAAAAAGUUUUGCCUGUCGCUCUCAGGGCGUGGCAAGGCACUCGCUGAAACAACUGUCCAGCCCCCUCGUACAUCUACUAGAGGGGGCACUUUGAAUCCUCUUUCAAACGGCGGAGGAACCAUGUUGAAUGGAUAUCGUAGUCAAUUGCCAAAUUCCCAGGAGACGAUGUGCAACGCUGCUAACAGUGGAACAGAAGGAUUGCGGAUUGCCACGCUAUGCAAUCUGGGUAAUACGUGCUUCUUGAAUAGUGUGCUCUAUACACUAAGAUUUGCACCCUCAUUUCUGCAUAACCUGCAUCAUCUUGCCACCGAUCUGUCUAACUUAACGGUCAAACAGCUACAAACAAAGAUGAAAUCGUCAUCCCUGGGUAGAACCGGGGUUUCACUAACAGCUAGUGGCAGCCGUAGCUGGAGCAGCAAAGAUCUCUUGGCUCUAGCAGGGCCAAUAGGAGAUUCUAACAAACCUAGAAUACAGGUAGCCACAGAAAAGUUGCAUGAGCUGUUUGCAGCUUUGAGACUUUCUGAGAUGAAAGAUACUGGUGAACCCUAUCAACCUGAUGCAUUCCUACAAGCAUUGCGGGAAGUAAAUCCAAUAUUUGAAGGAAAUCAGCAACAGGAUGCUCAUGAAUUAUUAGUUUGUUUGCUGGACAACAUACGAGAGACAUUUCAAUUACUUGUGAGACACAGAGAAAGCCAAUUUGGUCAGAGCGGAGGAGGAUCUGACUUAUGUAUAGAUCAAGUAAAUGAUGUACAGUCUGAAGGCAGUUCGAGUAAGAGAGGUCUACGCAAAUCAAAAAAGAAAAAGAAGUUCACCUCCAAAACCAGUAUUAACCUCAUCCAAGCGAGCGCAAACGGUACGGUGCCAACAGUGAAACCUCUUGAAAAUGGCCAUUCGGAAAUCGCCGAAAGUAACGGCGAUGUGGCAGGCCAUCAACCAGAGAGCAAGAAAUGCUUUAUUUCCGAAGAUUUUGAGGGAGUGAGCCUCCUUCGUACCACGUGUUUAGAAUGUGAACAUGUAACUGAGAGAAAAGAAACGUUUUGCGAUAUUUAUGUCCCAAUAGAUACUGAUCAAACUAACGAAAAAGAGGAGGACAAAAGGGUAAUCGACAGUAGUGAAGUUUACAGACGAGCAGUUGUCACUAGUGAACUUUUAAUAGGUAGAGACAAAUACUGGUGCGCCUGGUGCUUGCGUUAUAAUGAAGCGAGACGAGCUGUCUGUUUUCCCUCUUUACCCAGACUUUUGAUACUGCAGUUAAAACGAUUUUCUACUACAGCUGGGUCGAUGGAAAAAAUCAACAACCAUAUGCCGACACCCUUGACGUUGCAGUGCUUUUGUGAAAACUGCCUGAAUGAUAUACCAGAUACAAGUAGUAGAAGAGAAUCUCGACAUGUUUAUAAAUUGUAUUCUGUCAUAAUGCACCAGGGAGCUACAAUGACGGCUGGUCAUUACGUCGCCUAUACUCGUUUACCUGACGAAACUGCAUCGUCGGAAUAUUUUCAUUGUGAACGAGACAAUAAGCGGCAAUUCCCAACGCAGAACAACAGUAAUACGUCAGACAAAUCAUCUGGUAUUAUGAAAUUCUUCAGAUCUAAAUCGAAUGUUAGUGAAAAUAAAGAACAAUUAAAUGUGCUGAGAGUUGGCUGUCGUAGCAUGGAGUGCUGUGGUAUCCGAAAAGGUAAACAUAGUGGGUCAUGGUUAGAAUGUGAUGAUGAGGCAGUUAGAAUAAUUCCAUUGCGAGAAUUGGAAGAAAAAUUAGCUCCAAACCCACGCAACUCUGCAACUCCUUACUUGCUCUUUUACGUUAGGUCCCCAACAUAAGCAUUCCUCUGAGCGAUUAGAUUAAUUAUUAAUUGAUACUAAAAUGAAUUUACAAAACAGAAGAUGGGCUGUAAUUUUAUCUUUAUCAAGUCGAAUCUCGAUUAUGUUGAGUAAUUUUCAUCCUGAUCACGAUUUUACAUAAAUUACACAUCUCAUCUUCAGUCUAAAGGCCCUAUUUAUUGCUCGAAUGUAUUUGCAUCUUUAUUUUUAAGCAGUUUAGUACCUGGGCAAAGUAAACGUGGUAAACACAUUUCGAAAUAUAUCUAUAAUCGCUACAUAAAUGUGACCAAGUUUGAUGGAUGAUGUCGAAGUAACCGAGAUAGCUAACGUAUUUAUUCAUACAAUCGUAUUGCUUACUUAUAUGUAUAGAUUUGGAAGUCGUGAAUAGAUCACUUUUUAAAAGAACAAACAAAGAUAUUUCUAGUUGAAAUAGUGGUUGUAGACAACGGAUAUCGAAAUUUCUUGAGUGAUGAAUGUCAAAUUGAGUCUAAUAGUUAUCUGUAGUAUAAAUGAAUAAAUGUAUUUCCACAUACCUAGAUGCGCCAACUGUCAGUAUACAGGGUGAAACAAUAACUAUUACCACCUCAAAUAUCUUUGAAACUAGAAGUUAUUGCGAAAAAUUCUUUCUAUAAAAGUUAUUCAGUAUUGAGGAGGACGUUGUAUAGAGACACUGAUUUUUUUGUAAGUGGAGGCGCUCAGGAGAUAUCAAAAUCAUCCCCAUUUUUUUUAAAUGGACUCCUAUGUUUUUGGUCCCAUAGCUUGAUAGCGGCUUUUGAGACGAAUUCAAUGACCGGUGUCUCUAUACAACGUCCCCCUCGAUACUGAAUAACUUUUAUAGAAAGAAUUUUUCGCAAUAACUUUUGGUUUCAAAGAUAUUUGAGGUGGUAAUAGUUAUUGCCCUAUCCUGUAUAUUCACCUGUUAUUUAUGGUAAUGGAACAUCUUAUAGUACAUAUUUCAGUACAGGUGUGUACCUCCUCACAUCAGAUUACUGAAAAGUUGGAAACCCUGUUACAAUAUUCCAGAGGUCAUCACAUAAAUAAUGCUGCUCUUUUCAGAGUAAUCAUUCAUUAUGUUGAAAUUUUUCGUUACUAUUCAUGUCAAUACUUGAUGUCAAAACGUGUUUUCAGCGCAUUGGCUAUGAUAAGCUCUUCCAUCAAUUAUCAUAUUGCCUUGUUGAAAUUUCGCUUAGCAUCAUUACUCCUGGCUUCCAUUUUCAUUCCCAUCAAGUUCAAUUUUCCACAUAAUUAUGCAGUUGGUUGGUAUUUUUUAUUGAAUCAAUGCAGUCGUCUAAUAUAAGUAGAUCAUUGUUGGGUACAUGUAGUACAAAAUAUUUCAGAGCUAUUUUGGUUCUGAAGAUUGCUUUUAUUUUCAAUAAUGUUGUUUACUGCUCAUGUAACAUAAAGUUGUUACCUGAAAGAAUUGAAAAAUUAGUGACUUGAUCGAUUGACAUUUAAUCAAUAGCUGCUAGUUGUUUUCAUACAAUCUUAACUGUUCAAGAAUGUUGUAGCAUGUAGAGCUUUUGUCCACAAGUAUUUUAUGAACUCCAUAAUAUUUUUAUCAUGCAGAAAGGUAAAUAUCAAUUUGUCAACUGUCCAGUAUUCAUUAAAAUGCACAGAAAUAGAUUCUGAGUGAUUUCCAGACUUCCUAAUGCCAUUAGCGCAUAUAUUUUAUUACUAGAACAAUUAGUUUAUUCUUGAUGUUGUGCAUACAUGAGUAUCAGGGAUGUGCUUGCUGCAACUGGUUUGGCAUGGUCAGUAUGAAUUGGUUGUUGAAGUUUAGCUAGUGCGCAGAACUGGUUGUGAAAAACAUUAUUUGAAAACUGUUAAUGAGGUAUUUUUGAAAAUAGUAUUAGAUUGUAUACUUAAUAGCACAAGCGAUGCAACAAGGUUACAGAAACCCUAUUGGAUUCCUGUAAAUUUGUUAUUUAGUUACUUGAAAAAGGUAUACAUAUACACAGAUGUUUUUCAAGUUGACCCCGUAUUGGUCAAACCUACAUUAGAAUUGCUGCCUCUGGCAACUGAAUAAUCUAUUGUCUAACAAUAUUUUCAAAUUGUUUAAGAUUUUGUAAACAAUACUGUUAUCACAAAAUAAAAAUCAUUAUGAUAUUAA